AUGUCAACAGCUUCUCCUGGAGGGACUGCUUCGCUUUCUAAUAUAAAUGUUGUGGGCGGGCGGACCGAGCCAGAGAUCCAAGACCAAGACGUUUCUCCAUUUACAGAACUGGAAAAACAAAUACGUGAUGCUAAGAUAGAGCCUAGCAAAUCUAUUGAUUCAGUUUUGGAAGAAGGUGGGAAGGCAAAAAAGGCCGGAGGGAAGAAAUCGAAGUCCAAGGAUGGGAUACCACCGCUAAUACCAUCUCCUAUCCAGUCUCAACCAAUUCCCACGUCGCAUGAGAAGAUAGUUGAAAGAAACCGCCUUCGGCAAGAAGUUCAUCAUAGCGCGCCUGUAAUCUUUCACAAUACUCAUUGA